GGGUGGGGCACGGGUGGGUCAGGUAUUUAAGGGGCACACAUGGGCAGUAAGCCAUAGGAUUGUCUGAUUGCAGGCUUGGUUCUAGAAGCAGAUCUGGCAGCAGUGAGUUGUGGUACAGGAAUGGUCAUUCUCUCCAUCCCAAGCAAAGAACAGGUGCCAGGAGAUGACUCCUUCAUAAAAUCAUCCUUACCUAUAGGAUCAUCUGUUGCAUCCAAGUGCAGCACAGACAUAGACCUGGAAGCACAGAUCUCCUUAUUAACUGCUUACUGUCCAUCAUAUUCACCUGACUUGUAUUUACUUUGUGCUCAUCCUACACACAAACCUGUGCUGCCAGUGAGUUUCAAGAACAACACAUUGAAUGCAGAAGGUACAUGGAUAUGUAGCACAGACCUACUGCAGCCUUCUUUAUUUAGGAACAGGCCAAGGCUUCUGCCACAUGGCACCAAAAUGUACAAUUUUAUUCCUCAUAGCACAGAUGAAUUGUGGGAAACGUCAGACUCGCUGCUGCAUGGACAUCGGUGUCAUUCUGCUGACAAACAUCUAGGAAUUCUAAGUACUUCAAGGAACAUAAAGAGAAACUUCAAGCUGAAAUAUCUGCAUCCCAAGAAGCGUUUACUACAGGAGUAUUUAUGGAUGAAGCAAGAUUCAUGAUUCUUUUAUAUUUGCUUGGGGACAUUGCCUUUAUUCAGUCUAGAUAUUGAGUGCUGUCAUCUUAUACUUAAAGCUCUCCAUACUGACACUGCACAAAACACUUUUUAACAUUUGAUCAAUAGAAAUGGUUUAUACUGUUGCUUUUAAUAAAUAUAUUUAGAGUCUUUAGUACAAA